AUGUCGCUGUCGCUGCCGGGGGUGGUGGUCUACACGAGCGUGAGCUUCACGGCGUAUGACUACUUCAAGCACAACCUGCCCUCCGACAAGGUCAGCAAGGAGGCCUGGUGGUACCCCUUUGCCAAGAUGGGCUGCGGCGCCGCCGCCGGCGUCGCCGCCCAGACCUGCAGCUACCCAUUAGAUACGCUCCGCCGCCGCAUGCAGCUCGCCGGCGCGCCCGGCACGCUGCUGGCCGCGGGCGCGGGCCCCGCCGGCGGCGGGGCCGCGCGGCGGGCGCGGGCGACGUACGCAGGACUCAUCGGGGGCAUGGCGGGGGAGCAGGGGGGGCUGGCGCGCGCGCUGUUCCGGGGGUGGGGCAUCAACUGCGUGAAGAUCGUGCCUGGGGCGGCGGUGCAGUUCCUGGCCUAUGAUGCCCUGAGGGUGGGCGUCACCUGGCUGGACCCCACGUCAGGCGCGCAGUCGCCGCUCUGA